CGCAUGCCCGGCGUUGGCUGCAGUGGCAGGCGGCGGCGAGGGUGUGGGAGCGGAGUCGGUGAAGUGGGAGCUCGGUCGUCGACAUGGUGCUCGAUCUCGACCUGUUCCGCAAGGACAAGGGGGGAGACCCCGACAAAAUUCGGCAGAACCAAGUGAAGCGCUUCAAAGACGUGUCGCUGGUGGAUAAGCUGGUGGAGGUGGACACGGAGUGGAGGAAAUGUCGGUUCCAAGCAGACAACUUAAACAAAUUGAAAAACCUUUGCAGCAAAACAAUUGGUGAAAAAAUGAAGAAAAAGGAGCCUGUUGGUGAAAGUGAUACCCUUCCACAAAAUACACAGAAUCUGGAUGAAUUGAAUGCUGAAACUUUAAGUGGUUUAAAUGUAACACAGAUCAAGAAAAUACGGGUCCUUAUCGAUGACGCCAUAGGAAAAUGUGACACCGAACGUCUGAAACUAGAAGUACAAAGAUUAGACAGUCUGAGAGAAAUUGGUAAUAUCUUGCAUCCCUCUGUACCCAUCAGCAAUGAUGAGGAUGCAGACAAUAAAGUGGAACGAACAUGGGGAGAUUGUACUUCCACAAAGAAGUAUUCCCAUGUCGACUUAGUGGUAAUGGUUGAUGGUUUUGAAGCAGAGAAAGCUGCUGUAGUAGCAGGCAGCCGAGGGUAUUUCUUGAAGGGUCCUUUGGUAUUUCUUGAACAAGCUCUGAUCCAGCAUGCUCUGCGGGGUCUAAGCAGCCAAGGCUAUACUCCACUUUAUACACCAUUCUUUAUGAGAAAAGAAGUAAUGCAAGAAGUAGCACAGCUGAGUCAAUUUGAUGAAGAAUUGUACAAGGUAAUUGGAAAAGGCAGUGAAAAGUCAGAUGACAGUUCCAUUGAUGAGAAAUACUUGAUUGCUACUUCCGAGCAGCCAAUUGCAGCUUUUCACAGAGAUGAAUGGUUGAAGCCUGAGGAUCUUCCUAUUAAGUAUGCUGGAUUUUCUACAUGCUUCCGCCAGGAGGUUGGUUCACAUGGCCGUGACACCAGGGGCAUCUUCCGUGUUCACCAGUUCGAGAAGGUUGAACAAUUCGUUUUUGCUUCCCCUCAUGAUAAUAAGUCAUGGGAUAUGUUUGACGAAAUGAUUGAAACUGCUGAAGAGUUCUACCGGUCUCUAGGAAUUCCAUACCGCAUUGUAAAUAUUGUAUCAGGUGCACUGAAUCAUGCUGCAAGUAAAAAGUUGGAUUUGGAAGCUUGGUUUCCUGGCUCUUCUGCCUUCCGGGAAUUGGUAUCAUGUUCAAACUGUACAGAUUACCAAGCACGGAGAUUACGAAUCAGAUAUGGACAAACCAAAAAAAUGAUGGAUAAAGCUGAAUUUGUGCACAUGUUAAAUGCCACAAUGUGUGCAACAACUCGUGUCAUCUGUGCUAUCCUCGAAAAUUAUCAAACUGAAGAGGGUGUGGUGAUACCUGAAAGUCUAAGACCGUACAUGCCUCCAGGUUUGAAUGAAAUUAUCAAGUUUGUUAAACAAGCACCUAUUGACCAGGAACCAUCUAAAAAACAGAAAAAGCAGCAAGAAGGAAACAAGAAGAAACCUGUUUUAUCUGAUACUAGUUUGGAAAAUAAAGUCCAGAACAUGUCUGUCAGCAAUUAGUGAAUCCUUUCAAUUAAAUGAUUAACUUGUAAUCAGUGUACUUGUUGUCCAGAUUAAUUACAGGUGGAUGACUUGUAAAUGAGCUCCAUGUUGAGUAAAAUGAGAAGAGCAUCACCUUCGUGGUAGUAAUAAUGUGCAGCUCUUGGGCUGGUCAUUUAAGUGGAACAAGUUUUAUGGAGAAUUUGCUGCCAAUCUAUGCUUAGAAUAUGAAAUUUUAUCUCCUGAAUGAUUUGCAAUAAUAAACAGCUUAAACAAGCAUGCUUCUAAUGUAAGCCUGUUUUUUUCAUGUAUAGUUCAUUAUGAAAUUGCAACACAUCUUCUUGCCUAAUACAACAGAUUGAAUUCAAUAGAGCUUAAGUUAUUAUGCUGUACAAAUUGCUUUGUGCUUUAUAGAUGGCUUGGUAUAUGUCACAUGCCAUGGUACUGAGCCAUACAAACUGACAAGUUGUCAGCUUUCAUCCCUGGAUUUAGUCAUUAGUUGCCUUAGGGCAUUUGUGGGCAAUGUGCUAUUUGGCUUCAGUGACUCCAGACUAAGGGGGGAAAUUAUUAAAACAUGUGUCCAUGAUUUCUAACAAAUAUGUCUGUUGAGUUUUAAAUAAAAGCAAAAAAAAACCAAAAUCAGAUGUGUUUGUUACUCCCAACUUGCAUGCCCUUUCUCAGUAUCUGUACUUGCUAAAGAAGAACAAUUUAGGCAGGGCUUAUGUGCUGUGAUCUAGAGGAGUCAUUGGCUACAACAGAAGCGACAACUGGAAACAAAUAACUUUCAGAUUUAUUAAAGUAUGGAAGAAUUUUAUUUCAACAUAAAUGUAUUAAUGUUUUCUGAAAAUGGCCGAAAUUCUCUGACUUUAGAUUUCAUGGGAAACAGCUGAUGUAAAUCUGUC